UGGGCUGGGCCACCUGCCCGGGAAACCUGUGGGAGGUUGUUGCCCUCGGGUCACUCCCGGGCGGAGACGCGGAGCCGGGCCAUGGGAGAGCCGUCGGGGACGCGCGAGGCCCGGGCCCGUCCGCGAGAGCGGGACCCGGACCGGCAGCCCCGUUCGGACCGAGACCGCUACCCCGAGCGACAGCGGGACAGACCCGGGGACCGGCGAGCGGACCGGGAUUGGGGGAGGGACCGAGACCCCCGCCGGGACAGACACAGGGGCGGGAGCCAUCGCCCGGAGGAGCGAAGAGUUUGGGAAGAGUCCCGCCCGCGCCGGCCGCGGGACGGACCUCGGGGGCCCACCCGGGACGCGGCCCCCGCCCCCUGGCCCUCGCAGCGGGAAACCCCCGAGCCGCCGCCCCAGAGGAAGGAGGGCUUCGCGCGCCGGGGACUGGGAAGCGAACCUGCUUCUGGGAGAUAUCUGCCUUCAAACCCCAGGCCUACACAGGAGGAAGUGGAAUAUUACCAGUCAGAGGCUGAAGGACUCCUGGAAUGUCAUAAAUGCAGAUAUUUGUGCACUGGGAGAGCCUGCUGCCAGAUGCUGGAGGUUCUCCUGAACUUGCUGAUCCUGGUCUGCACCUCUGUCUCUUAUACUUCCACGGGGGGCUACACAGGCAUCACCAGCCUGGGGGGCAUUUACUACUACCAGUUCGGAGGGGCUUACAGUGGUUUCGAUGGUGCUGACGGGGAGAAAGCCCAGCAGCUGGACAUCCAGUUCUACCAGCUAAAGCUGCCCACGGUCACCGCAGCAAUGGCCUAUAGUGGAGCCCUCAUGGCCUUCGGCUGCCUCCUCAUCUCCGUGGGUGUCCUGCGGGUCCCGUGGCACUGCCCGCUAUGGCUGGUGAUUGAAGGCUUGUUGCACGUACUCAUUGCCAGUGCCUACGUCCCCGCUUUGUAUUUCUAUUUCCGCUACCUCUCUGCUGCCUAUGACUCUCCUGUGUGUCGAGAGAGGGAGGCCCUCUACCAAAGCAAAGGCUACAGCGGCUUCGGCUGCACCUUCCAUGGGGGUGGUAUCGGCGCAGGGGUCUUCGCUGCUCUGGGCAUUGGCAUCUUCGUUCUGGGGGCCGUCCUGGCCUUCAAGGGUUACCGGAAAGUCAGGCAGCUGAAAGAGAAGCCAGCAGAAAUGCUUGAGUUUUAGGCUUCUUAAAUUGCUCUGCUAAAUGGAAGUGAUGGCAGUGACUCCAAACUGGUCUCUUUCACAAGAAAACUUUGUUGGGGAACUUGCCAAGCACUUGGGAAAAUAACCGGCCAAAUUUGGUAUGGUGGGUGAAGCUCCAUUUUCCGGAAGUGGUGUUCUCUGGUGUGAGCUCUGGUUUCUGGAGUCCUCGGUGGCUGGGGGACUAACGACAGUUGCAACAAUUACAAAAACCCACAGAAAAAAAGGCAAGUGCUGCAGAAAAGUGCAUCUUGAUUAAAUACAGGGAGAUAAGUGAAUUUGAAGAACUUUAUCUUCUAAGUUCAUGAAAACCCAAAGACAUGAGACAAUAUUUUGUCCUAAACUUUUCUAAACAUAGAUGUCCUCAGCAGAAUUAGCCUAGAAUUUUUUUCCACACUGAACUCUCCAGUCCUUCCAGGUCCUUAUGCUCUGGAUGGAGGGGGUGGGGGCUCUGGGGAGGCUACUCCUGCAAAAUUUUAAUUUGGAGGUAGGCGUGGGCCGAGGAAAGGAGUCAAAUUAAUUCACUGGGUUUCAAAGAAACAAUUCUAUGAGUCCCUUACAGUUGCCUCAAAAGCUCAACAAGUGUUUUGUACCUCUUGUAAAUGUGCCAUUGUACGAAGAAUUAAACCCAACUUCAGGAAUUCAGGAUUCAUUCAGAAUAAAAGAAAUUAAAAUCUUUCCCAGCAGAAGGAUCUGUUACUUUUGACCGGCCAACUUCAUGGGUUCUUAUUGCACAUUAAAAUACAGCUUAUGGAACGUUAAAAUAUAUUCUUGGUACAAGUGAAUACAUUCUUUGCUUUAUGUGAAUCCAAUAAAAAUUAAAGAAUAUUUUAAUUUGGAGGUGAUGGUUUUCUUUACAAUACAUUUAU